AAUCAUCUCUGAGGUUAUGUGACCAGUCAAAUAAACAAAAACUGUUUGGUAAAGUUUUAAAGAAAGGUAGAUGCUUGUAAAUGAUAUUCACAUCCCUUCAUGAUGCCUUUUUUUCUUGUGUUACUCAAAAGAGGAAUAAUAAUAACAACAUGUGUUUUAUUGCUUCUUGCCUAUCGAGGAACUUCUCAGCCGAUUUUCAUGGCGAUAUUUCCGGGUGUUAUAAGAUCAGGCUCUGAGGCAAAACUAUGUAUAAGCCUUCUAAAACCAGAAGAAAAUCUGCAGCUUACUAUUUCUUUGGUUUACAACGAACAGAACAGAACACUUCUACAGGAGAGAACAGAGAAGGAAUUCCACCGCUGCCUUGACUUUCAGGCUCCUGAGUCUGAUUCAGUGCAAGAGAUCCAAGUGGAAGCUCGAGGGAAAAAAACUCGACAGAUUGAAAAGAGAAAAGUCAAAUUCAUGUCAUAUAAUCCACUUACAAUAAUUCGAACAGAUAAACCAAUCUACAAUCCUGGACAAACAGUUCAGUUCAGGAUUUUCACAGUGGAUACAAAAUUUAAGCCAGUUGAUAAAACAUACAAACUCAUAGGAUUGAAGGACAAUCGACUGAACAGAAUCAAUCAGUGGAUUAAUGCCACACCAACCAAUGGCAAGAUACUGCAGCUUUCCCAUACGCUGAAUCCAGAAGCUUCUGUCGGUUUAUAUGAGCUGUUUGUAGAGACUGGCAAACAAACAAUUAAAGAAUAUUUUCAGGUUAAAAAAUAUGUUCUACCGAAAUUUGAAGUGACAUUACACAGGCCAGACAUAGUGAGAGCAAAUGAAGAAUUAAAGAUGAGGGUAUGUGGGAGAUAUACCCAUGGACAUCCUGUACAGGGUAGUGUGAAGAUGGGACUCUGCAAAAACAUGGCAGUCAGUGUUUAUUAUCCCAAUCAGUAUCAAACUCCACUCUGUUUGAAUAGAUCAGCAGUACUGAAUGAGACCGGCUGUGUUUCUGAGAUGUUCCCCAUUUCAUUUUUCAUCAGAAGUUCAAAACUCCAUUUCAUGCAACAACAUCUUCAAUUCACUGCAUCAGUAACUGAGGACGGGACAAACAUCUCAAUGGAAAGGUCUGAUAAUGUGUUUUUGACCUAUAGUGUUGGUAGCAUCAAAUUUGUUGACUUGCCAGAGUUCUUUGAGAAAGGAUCAGUCAUACAAGCAAAGGUAAAAGUUGAGUUCUCCAAAGGGACUCCAAUUCAUCAAAUUAAGGUUGUUGUUUAUUGUGACAUGUCUCCAUCUCAAGAACUUAUAACAGAUAUCAAUGGAUUGGCCCAUUUCACUAUUAAUACGUCCCUUGUGAUAAGUACAUCCAUUCAAGUAACGGCAUAUGCUUCAUUUAUCAAUCAGUUUUAUACUCCGUUUCAUAUUGAACCUGCAUACAAACUUCUGCAAAUAAAACCCAAAGAAAGCCCAGAAAAAGUGAGUCAACUGGUUAUAAAGGCUCUAGAGGAACCACUGAAGUGCGAGGAGGAGAUCUCAGUAACCGUGGGGUACACUAUUGCUGGAGAGACUGUUGAAAGUGGUUCUGUUACUAUAGUCUACCUGAUUUCCUCUAGAGAAGAGAUAGUCCACCAUGGCUAUAAGAAUGUCGAGGUGAAGGGCUCUGAUGGAGAAGUGGAGGGAGAAGUGAUGUUUAAAGUCCUUGUUCGUACACAGAUGGCUCCUAAAAUGGAGUUUCUAGCUUACUGUGUGCUGCCCAGUGAGACUGUACUAGCUGCUUCCAGAACAUUUCAAAUUGAGAAAUGUCUUGAAAAGAUGUCACUUCAGUUUUCUCCAACUUCAGCUGUUCCUGGUGAAGAAAACACACUUCAGAUCUCAGCUCAGCCUGGGUCACUGUGCGGCCUCAGUGCUGUAGAUCGGAGCGUCCGGAUCAUGGAGUCCGGAAAACAUCUGGAUGCUGACAAAUUUUUUUACCUGUUGCCCGCCAGGCUUUUUCCAUAUGACAUUGAGGAUCAAGAAGAUUGCUAUAAUAUUAGAUCAAAAAAAAAAUCCAAGUAUCUCCCUCCUUCACCUUAUAUACCAAUGCCAUUCCACCCUUACCCUUCAGAGAGUAAAGCAGAUGCUGUCUAUACAAGUUUCAGGAACAUGGGAUUAAAGGUGGUGACAAAUUUGAUUAUUAAAAUGCCAUCCUGUAUUAUAUUCAGAGAUGAAUAUUAUCAGAGAAUGUUUGGUGGUGUAGCAGGACUUAUGCCAGGAAUUGCUGGAGCAGUUCCAAUGAAUCCCAUGGGGUUCCCAGGUGCAUUGGUUCCAGCAGUUGGAAUGAGUCCAGUGGGCCACGGAAUUCCUUUUGGAGAAGCUGGAGUCGCAGCAGGAGGUAUAGGACCUGGGGUUGCUCUCACACCUCCACCCACAGAAACAAUUCGUACAUUUUUCCCAGAAACUUGGAUCUGGGAACUUGCUGUUGUUGGGGACUCUGGAUCAGCUCAGGUUCCGGUCACGGUUCCUGACACCAUCACCUCUUGGGAGACAGAGGUCUUCUGUCUGUCCUCCAAAGGUCUGGGUCUGGCUCCUCCUGCUCAGCUGACAGUUUUCCAGCCCUUCUUCCUGGAGCUCUCUCUGCCUUACUCCAUCAUCCGUGGGGAGAUCUUUGAGCUGAAGGCCACUGUCUUCAACUAUUUGUCCAAGUGCAUCAUGGUUAAAGUGACUCCAGCUCCUUCUUCAGAGUACACUCUCAAAGCCUCCUCUGAUGAUCAGUAUUCAUCCUGUCUGUGUGCUAAUGGAAGAAAAACCUUUAAAUGGAUCCUCACUCCUUCUGUUCUUGGACUCUUGAAUAUUACAGUCAGUGCAGAGGCAGAGGCGUCCCAGACUGUGUGUGACAACGAGAUUGUGAGUGUGCCAGAGAGAGGACGCAUUGACACAGUCACAAGAAGUCUGCGCGUAAAUGCUGAAGGAAUCGAAAUGAGUAAAAGCUACAGCUGGCUCCUUUGCCCCAAAGGGCAAAACCUCUUGAAUGAAGUAGAGCUGAUAUUUCCCAAAAAUAUGAUAGAGGGAUCAGGAAGAGCUACUGUUUCAGUGCUUGGAGACAUAUUGGGUCUUGCUCUAAAGAAUCUUGACGGAUUACUACAGAUGCCGUACGGCUGUGGAGAACAAAAUAUUGCUAUUCUUUCUCCCAAUAUUUACAUUCUGCAGUAUCUGGAAAACACAGGGCAGCUCACCCCAGCUAUCCGAGAGAGAGCCACUGGCUUCCUUAAGAGUGGGUAUCAAAAGCAACUCAACUAUGAAAAUUCGGAUGGAUCAUAUACUACAUUUGGAAAGGGAGAAGGAAAUACAUGGCUGACUGCGUUUGUGCUGAGAACUUUUGGGAAAGCACAGCAUUACAUCUUCAUUGACCCCCAAAAAAUUCAGAACUCAAAGCAAUGGCUGAUACGCCACCAAAGACCAGAUGGUUUAUAUGAGACCAAGGGAAAGCUUUUUAAUAACAGAAUGAAGGGGGGUGUAAGUGACAGUGUGACCAUCACUGCCUAUAUAACUGCAUCACUACUUGAGCUGAACACAUCAGUUGCGGAUCCUGCUGUGAGUAAAGCUCUGUCUUAUUUAAAGCGCUUUGUUGAUAUCCAAAACACGUACACCACUGCUUUGCUCACCUACACUUUCAGUCUGGCUAAAGACCAAGUGACUCGUGACUAUCUUCUAAAAAAGCUUAUGGACACUGGGAUUUCAGAAGGCUCUCAUCUCCACUGGUCUCAGUCUGCAUCUGCUGAUGACUCUGAUUCUCUGGCAGUGGAGAUCAGCUCAUAUGUGCUGCUAGCUUCUCUCACUGCAGAUUCACUCACUACAGCUGAUCUGGGCUUUGCUAACAGGAUUGUCAGCUGGCUUGUGAAGCAGCAGAAUGCCUAUGGAGGAUUCUCCUCAACACAGGACACAGUGGUGGCUCUUCAGGCUCUGUCUUUGUACGCCACCAAAGUGUUCAGCUCUGACGGCUCCAGCACAGUGACUGUACAGUCAGCAGAAGACAUUCACCACUUUGAUGUCAAUCAGGACAACAAGUUACUGUACCAAGAGAAACAGCUGCAGAACGUUCCUGCCAAAUACAGCAUUGAAGUGAAGGGCUCGACAUGUGUGUCUGUGCAGAUGUCUCUUUUCUACAAUAUCCCAACUCCCAAGGAAUCUAAUUCAUUACAAAUCUUUGUUAGGACCGGAGGAAUAUGUCAGAGCGGGACGGGACAAAUUCUAGAUGUUGUAUUAGACAUUAUAUAUACUGGGAUACAAGACAGUUCUAACAUGGUCAUUGUAGAUAUGAAACUCUUGUCUGGUUUCAUACCAGAGCCCUCUUCCCUGGAUGCGUUGAAGAAAUCAGUACAUCGUGUUGAAUCCAAAGAUGACCAUGUGAUCAUGUAUCUUCAAGAGAUUCAGAGGAACAUACUCUUUCGCCAAACGCUACGCAUAAAACAAACCUUCGUAGUUAAAAACCUCAAGCAUGCCGUGGUAAAAGCGUAUGAUUACUACCAGACAAGUGAGCGGUCUGAAGCAGAAUACUCUCAUCAUUGUGCAUGAGGAGCGACGCUGCAGAAUUCAGUACACAGUAUAACUCUGUGCUUUACCCUGGCUUUUAAGAUCGACGUUAUUAUCAUUUUGCAGUUAUACUUGAUCUUCAUAGCAAAUGUAAAUACUUUGAUUACUGUAGGCCUAUAUCAAUCUGUAUGACUUCUUGAAAAGAGCAAGUAAAAUUAUCAUUGUGAAA